AGGAUAUGCAACUACCGUGGCUGCUUCCUGUCCUGCUGCACUCAAGCAAAGUGUCCAGUCUGCUGAGCAUCCUGAAAUUACUCUGAGGCUGUUUUGCGUUAAAACGGCCGCCUGCAGUCAACUGUUUGUAAGUUAUGAGAGACCGUCGCAUGAUAAGCUAACGAGCAAGUUUGCUAGCUGUUGUGUUAACGUGUGUUCAAGACUGUAACGUCACACACCGAGUCAACUCACCGCUCAAGUGCGCUGCUAACUGGUGUCAAUGUCGUCUGAGGUUCAGAAACCAGUCGACACUGUCAAAUUUAAGCCCACAGAAGACAGCUGGAGCCUGAGUUAUGUCACUGGGGACCUGUUCUCCUGCCCCGAGGAAGAGGCUCUGGCCCACUGCAUCAGUGAGGACUGCCGCAUGGGGGCAGGCAUAGCUGUGAUGUUCAAGAAGAAGUUCCAGGGGGUAGAGGAGUUAAAGGAACAGAAAAAGCUGACAGGACAGUGUGCUGUACUGAGAAGACACAAACGUUUUGUCUACUAUCUGAUCACCAAGAAAAAAGCGAGGGAAAAACCGACCUAUGGCAGCCUGACACAAAGCCUGGAGGACAUGAAGUCACACUGUGAAAAGAACGGAGUAACGAGGAUAUCAAUGCCUCGUAUUGGUUGUGGCCUGGAUGGACUGCAGUGGCCCAGAGUGUCGGACAUUCUGAAACAGGUCUUCAAACACACGGACAUCUCCAUCACAGUCUACAGCCUCCCUGAGAGAGCAGAGACCACAGUGAUGCGGGAAAACAAGCGCAAAAGACCAAUGUAAAUGUCUGUUUAUUGUGAUUAUAAGUUGAUGCUAUCUCCACAGUGGUGAUCUUUUUCACUGGGGAAACAAAUGUAAAGAUAACUUGGAAAUAAAUGUUCUUUUUUGCACAUUAAA